AUGGCCUCUGAUCCGCACUUCCCUUUCGCUCGUCAGAACGGCGCCGAACCCGCACCUGAAUUUCAGCAACGUCUCACUUCUUGCCCCGUGGCUCGUGUCGAGCUUUGGGAUAAGUCUCAUCCAUGGCUCGUGGUGAAGCAUAAAGAUGUUCGCGAGGUCUUGACUGAUCCCCGACUGUCCAAGAAUCGCCAGAAGGAAGGGUUCCCUGAGAUGUCAGCUGGGGGCAAAGCAGCAGCCAAAAACUGCCCGACCUUUGUCGACAUGGACCCUCCUGACCAUAUGCAUCAGAGUAAUGCCCAGGCUCACCCUGCUCCCAGGCAAAUGGUAGCGGCGUUCUUCACACCCGAGUAUGUGGAGCAACGUAAACCGUGGAUCAAAGGUGUCGUUCAGCACUAUCUGAACGAGUUUAUAAACGCACGAAAAGGACAGAACAGCAUUGAUCUCGUUGAACACUUCGCCCUUCGCGUUCCGUCACAUAUUAUCUAUGACAUUCUCGGUGUUCCCCUUAGGGACGUCGACUACUUAACCAAGUGUAAUGCUACUCGUACUAAUGGUAGUGCUACCGCGAGCGCGGCUCAAGAUGCCAACACUGAGCUUCUGGAUUAUUUCGCAAAACUCAUUGACAAGAAGAUAGAGUCACCAGAACCGAGUAACGACGUGAUAAGCUCUUUAGUCGCUAAUCAGCUUGCAAAUGGUCAAUUGGAUAAGAAGGAUGUUGUGCAAAUAUCGUUCCUUCUCCUAGUCGCAGGGAACCUGACCAUGAUCAACAUGAUCGCCUUGGGUGUGAUAACUUUGCUGGACCAUCCUGAUCAACUGGACGCCUUGAUUCGGGAUCCCUCUCUGUCCAAACCGUUCGUCGAGGAGCUAUGUCGCUUCCAUACCGCGUCUUCGUUUGCUACCCGGCGUGUCGCUAAGGUCGAUGUGAAGAUCCGCGGACAAGAGGUGAAGGCAGGCGAAGGUAUCAUCGCCUCGAAUCAAGCAGCGAACCGAGAUCCCGACGUCUUCUCUGAUCCGAAUGUGUUUGACAUGUUCCGCAAGCGAGGGUCUGAAGAGGCUCUUGGCUUUGGAUGGGGUGAUCAUAGGUGCAUCGCAGAGUCCCUCGCUCGAGCCGAGCUUGAAGCUGUUUUCUCUACUCUAUUCCAGACUCUUCCCACUUUGAAGCUCGCCAUUCCCAAUUCUGAGAUCAAGUGGACCCCUCCUAUUAAAGACAUCGGAGUGUCAGAGCUACCAGUUACAUGGUCCUCUUCACACGUUGGAGGUCGCCGUUCCCAACUCUGA